AUGGCGAGCGCCGCCGGGCGGCGAAACAGCGGCGUUGCCGCUGCGGCCCCGCCGCCGGGCGGGGAAGCAGCGGCGAAGCGCCCGCGGCCGUCGGCCCUCGUCCAGGCCGAGACUCCCGCGGCCCACGCGGACACUGUGUUGCGCGGCCGCCUGCGCCAGCUGGAGGGGCGCCUGGCCGGCCUGGAGCGGGCCCGCGAGGGCGGCCAGUUCUCCCGCAUAGGCGCCGUGCUGGAGGCACGCCUGGGAGGCCUCGAGCGCGCCCUGAAGGACAAGGCUGACGUGGAGGAGCUGAGGACGCUCGCGGGCAGCUUCUCCGGCGUCGAGGGGCACGUCAGGCAGGCCCUCGCGCGUCGAGACGCGGGCGCCGAGCUGGCGGCGCGCCUGGAGGCCGCGGUGGGCGCCGUGGGCGGCCGGCUGGACGAGCUGGAGGCCCGGGUGCCCCGCGAGGAGGCCAUCAUCAAGCUGCAGGAUGCCGUGCUCACGGCCCAGGGGGAGCUGCGGAGCAUGGAGCGGGGUAUGCGGGAGCGCGCCAGCCGCGAGGACGUGCGCGCGCUGGCCGAGUCCGUGUGCGGCUUCGAGGACCGGGUGGCGGGCCUCGACCGGGCGCUGGGCGGCGUCCCCGAGCGCCUCUCGCGGCUGGGCGCCGAGGCCGCCGCGACGGAGCGGCAGGUCCGCGAGCGGCUGCAGGCCCUGGAGGAGGCCGUGCGCGCAGGGCGCGGCGCGGAGCGCCUCGAGGAGCUCGGCGGUGGCCUGGCGGCGCUGCGCUCGCAGGUCCACGAGCGGCUGCAGGCCCAGGAGGCGCUGCGCGAGGCCUGCGAGGGGCUGCGAGCCGCCUCGGGCGCCGCGCACGAGGGCUGCGCGGAGGUCCGCGGGCGCCUCGGGGCGCUGGACGCGGGCCUGGCGGAGCUACGCUCGCAGGCCCGCGAGCGGCUGCGCGCCCUCGAGGAGGCCGUGCGCGGUGGCGACGGCCGCCUUGAGGAGAUGCACGGCGACCUGGCGGCGGUGCGCGCUCAGGUCGGAGCGGUGGAGCAGUUCCUGCACGAGUGCCUGCGCAUGGGCGUGACGGACCAGCUGACCGGGGUCGUAGAGACGGUCCAGCAGCAGGUGGACGAGCUCGGGCGCGCCCUGGCGGAGAAGGCCUCCGAGGGCCUGGUGCGGCAGCUGAUCGACCAGGCCCUGGCGGGCCACUCCCCAGACGGCCUGCAGCAGCUCGGCGUCGCCGUGGCGGAGCUGCGCGCCCGCGUGCCGGCGCUCGAGCGCGCGGCGGGCGCCGCCGACCUGGAGCGGAUGGCCGGAUCGAUCUCCCAGCUGGACAGCAGGGCCACCAGGGCGCACGAGGCGGCGCAGGCGGCCGAGGAGCGAGCGAGCGAGCUGGCGGCCGCCGUCGGCGAGAUCUCGGGCCGCGUGAAAGAGCUGGGCGCCGCGGCCUCCGACGCCCGGGCGAGGGCCCGCGAGGCCAGCGAGCAGGCGGCCCGGGCCCGCGCGGACGCGCGGGAGGGGCUGGAGCAGCUCGAGGCCUUCGCUGGCGAGGUCUCCGCUCGCAUGCAGGAGCUGGGCGCCGCUGCCUCCGAGGCCGGGGCGAGGGCCCGCGAGACGGGCGAGCAGGCCGCCCGGGCCCGUGCGGACGCGGAGGAGCUGGGGCGACUCCGCGCAGACGUGGAGGGCCUUCGGGCCCAGGCCGCAGUCGCGGCGAAGGACCGGCAGCUGAGCGGCCAGAUCCGUCAGGAGUCGCUCCUGGCCGCCGCGGAGAGGGCGGAGAAGGGGGCCGCCCUCGCCAGCGAGCGGGCGCAGAAAGCGGAGUCCACCGUCGCAAGCGUCUGCACGCAUCUGCACAGCAUCGAGCAGGCCGUGGAGGAGAAGGCGGGGCAGCUGCGCGCUGUGCUCGCCUCGGUCCAGGCCGACCUGUCGCGCGUGGAGCAGGCAUCGCAGGCCAGGCGCGGCGACGACCCGUCGCUGCGUGCCACCGUGGCCGCACUGCAGUCCGAGUUCCGCGAGGUGGCGCAUGCUGUCCGCGAGAAGGCUGGCCUCGAGACGAUGCAGGGCCUGCGGGGCACGCUGGCGAAUCUGCAGUCGCACACUGCAGGCCUGGAGCGGGCACUGCAGGAGAAGGUCGACGCGCAACAGGCGAAGCUCGCGGCGGAAGUGUCGGGCCUGCAGGCCAAGGUGUCGAGGCUGGAGCAGGGCUGGAAGCAGAAGGCCGACAGCCGCGACGUGCAGCAGCUCCAGGAUGCCGUCAUGCGCGGGCCCCGCGGCGGCGAGCGCGGCGGCGGCCAGCACCUGGACGGCGCGAUGGCGAACCUCCGCCAGCAGGUCGCGAACAUCGAGCACGCGAUACAGACCCGCGCUGGGGCCGCGAGCGGCGCCGAGCAGGCGGGGGCCUACGCGCAGGCCCAACAGCAGCAGCUCACCGCUGUCGUGGCCUCCGUGGAGGGCCGGCUCGCAGACGUGGAGCGGGAGUUGCAGGCCAAGGCGCCCGGGGCGCAGCUGCAGCAGCUUCGUGGCGCCGUCGCGGCCGUGGAGAAGCGGGCCGUGGCUGUGGACCAGGCGCUGCAGGAGAAGGCCGACGCCGCCCAGCUCGGCCAGCUCAAGAGCACCGCCGCUGGCCUGCAGUCGCAGGUCGGCUGCCUGGAGCAGCUGCUCGCGGAGAAGGCUGGCCCGGACGCCAUCCAGCAGCUCAAGGGGUCGCUGGGCGGGCUCCAGGCGCAGGUCCAGGGCCUGGAGCAGUCCCUGCACGACAAGGCCAGCGCCAGCCAGCUCCAGCAGCUCCGGGGCGCCCUGUCCAGGGCCGAGGCGCGGACCGCCACGGUGGAGCAGGACCUGCAGACAAGGGCGCAGGCCAGCGCCCUGCAGCAGCUGAGGGAGGUGGUGUCGGCGCUGCAGUCCAGGCUUGGCUGCGUGCAGGAGCGCGUGGGCGCGGGGCCCGCUCUCCAGAGCCUGACGUGGGCCCAGCCCACGGGCGGCCUCUCCAGGCCCGCCGGCCUCGCCGACGCGCCGCACUGAGGGGGGGGCCCCGCGGCCUGGGCCCGCCUCCACCGGGCGGAUCGCGCGGAGCUCGGAGGCCGCAGCGAAGAGCUGCGAGCCUUUCCCCUCGGGGCCGUCCUGACCUCGAUCCCCCGACGAGGGUCGGGGCGGCCCUGGCUGCCGAGACACCCUCCCCGGCUCAGGGGCAACGUCGAGGGGGAAGAAGUUCAGGAGGGGACGCGCCGGCCCCCGAUCGCCCAAUCAGCGCCGGCAGGAGCCCGAUGGUCCGCCCCGCCAGGGGUCGCCGAUACCAGCUCGAAGCUACCCCCACCGAGCCAGUCCCUCCUUACGCUUGCCCCGCACCGGCGAGCCGCCACCGAGGGGCGCCCCGCGUGGCCGAAUUCGGCACCCCCUCCCUCCCGCCCCCGUGACCGCUGCAGGGCGAGCGGCGAGAGCGAGACCUCGGGCGGGCGCCUGGGGGCAGAAGCUGGGCGCCACCCGCACGGAGCGCGGUGCGCGACACAAAAGCUGCGGGAUGCCUUGUGGAGCCUCACUGGGACCGCUCCC